AGCAGUCACUCAGUUUGCUCCUUCGAUAGUGAGCUUCUGCUGAUUUACUCUUCUUCUAACGGGAUUGAUACAGGAUUAACUUCACCCGUUUUACCUCUUUGUCCGCGAACGUUGAAAGAAUUUGGACAAAAAACUAGUUUUGUCUCCAUUUUGUUUGAACGGAAUUGACAAAAAAAUGCGUCUCAUCCAGAACAUGACGACCAUUGCGGAGUACCCAGCGCCCGAAUGCUCGGUCCCAAACCGGGUCAUUAAAAUGGCCGUGAUAGGAGGCAGCGGAGUUGGAAAAACAGCGCUCGUGGUGAGAUUCCUAACGAGGCGCUUCAUCGGAGACUACGAAAGAAAUGCUGGUAAUCUCUAUUCCAGAGAAGUGAAGGUGGAUGGAGAGCAAGUGACCAUCCAGGUUCAAGACACUCCUGGUGUGGAGAUGACUGAUAAUGGCAUCAACUUACCAGAUCAUGUGACCUGCUCCAUCCAGUGGGCUGAUGCAGUGGUGCUAGUGUACUCUGUGACCGACCGACGCAGCUUCGAUUUGAUCAAUCAGUUGCAUCAGCUGGUUGUUCGUACCGGUGGCGCCAACAUGCCUCCAGUAAUCCUGCUGGCCAACAAGGCGGACCUGCUGCACCUGAGGCGGGUGGACUCCCAGCAGGGCCCUAUGCUGGCGGGCACCCUGGGCUGUUCUUUCUACGAAGUAUCUGCCAGUGAGGACUACAGCGAGGUGCACAAGGCUUUCCACAGGCUGUGCUGCCAGCUAGCCAAGCAGCCGCCUCCUGCCACCAACUCUGCCGGCACUACGACAGAGAAGAGGCGCUCGCCCCUCAUCCCCAGGCCAAAAUCUCCCAAUAUGCAAGACCUGAAGAGGCGCUUCAAGCAAGCACUGUCGGCCAAAGUCAGGACGGUCACCUCUGUGUGAAGAGAACUGUUAAAAGUGGUCCAGAGUGGCUACAGUAAAAGCUUUUAAAGGUGGAAGAGGUUUGCUUCUCCACUGAAGUCCUGUAUCAGCCUGACUGAAAGAGGCAGCUGUGACAUGAACAGUGGUGGGUUCUAAGUAGUGAGAGGC